AUGGCUUCAUGGCUAUCUGACUACAUCAUCUCUUACAAGGAUAAACAAGCCGGCGCAGAAAUUGAAAUCAUUGCAUUUCAGGUUGAUUUAGCUAGAAGACUUUUAUUUUUCAAGCAAUUGUUACCAGAAUGCAAACAAAUGCAAUGCCAGUUCAAAUGUGCUAUGUUCAGGAAUGGAACUGCCUGCUACUGUGAAGAUGGAUAUGAAGUUGGCACUGAUGGUAAAACCUGUCAAGAUUUAAAUGAAUGUAAGCUGUAUGGAACUUGCAGCCAAACGUGUGCAAAUACAGAUGGAUCAUACACCUGUAGCUGUGUGGAAGGCUAUCUUCUUCAGCCAGACAAAAAGUCUUGCACUAUUAAAAGAGAACCUAAUGAUUCACCACCAGUCCUGCUAAUUACCAACUCUGAAACUAUUGAUGUCGUGUAUUUGAAUGGAAGUAGAGCCUCUGCUCUUGCCUCUAUAAGAGGAAGUGGAAUUCAAACCCUGGAUUAUGUUUACAGUAAGGACACAAUUUGCUGGAUUGAAUCAAGAGAAUCUUCAAAUCAACUGAAGUGCAUCAAGACAUCCAAAACUGGAAUGUUAACAGAUGAAUGGAUAAUCAGCACAAUUCCUAAUCUUCACAAUAUACAGCAGAUGGCAAUUGAUUGGCUCACUGGAAAUUUUUACUUUGUGGAUCGUAUAAGUGACACUAUCUUCGUGUGCAAUUACAAUGGGACGGUGUGUGUUACUCUGAUUGACCUUGACCUUCAUAAUCCCAGAGCAGUUGCUGUGGAUCCAAGUUCAGGAUGGUAA